AUGCUCAACCGUGCUCUACGUUCACUCGACAUGGAGGCGAUGAUUAAAAUGGGCUUUUUUAUCCGCAAUCUUCAUCGACAACUGGAACAAAUGCACAAAGAACAAUCAGGUGCAUAUAUGAAGACGUUUAUCGUUUAUCGUGGUCAAGGACUCACUCAGCAAGACUUUGAUCAUCUAGUCGAUACAAAAGGUGGACUGCUCUCAUUUAACAAUUUCUUGUCGACUAGUACUGAGCAACAAGUAGCUAUGGAAUUUGUUGAACGUGUAAUGCACAAUAAUAACGAUAGAGUGGGUGUUCUUUUUAUCAUGACAAUUGAUCCAAGUAAAGUUUCACCGUCGAGUACUCCGUUCGCACUAAUCGACGACCACAGUGCUAUAAAAAGUGAAAAAGAAAUUCUCUUCUCAAUGCACACUGUCUUUCGUGUCGCUGAAGUGACACAAGCAGUCAGCAAUAGUAAUCUCUGGCAAAUACAAUUAUCACUCACAGAUGAAAGUGAUCGACAACUAGCUGCUCUCACCGAUCGUAUACGAGAAGAAAUUGAUGGCACUGGAUGGUAUAGAAUUGGUCAGCUAAUGCUUAAAGUGGGCCACUUCAAUCAAGCUGAAGAACUCUACAAUGAAUUACUCAAAAAUGCUUCCAGCGACAACGAGAGAGCACAUAUAUAUCAUAUGCUUGGAGUGACGAAAAAUGGCCAAGGGCAAUACAAAGAAGCAAGUUCAUUUUAUGAAAAAGUACUCGAAAUCAGCCGAAUUACUCUACCAGAAGAUGAUCCGACAUUGGGAAAUACCUACAAUAACAUCGGUCUUGCGUAUGCCAACAUGGGUGACUACUCAAAAGCACGCGAGUAUUACGAAAAAUCACACAAAAUACUCGAAAAAGCUCUACCUCCGAAUCAUCCUGAUUUGGGUGGUUCCUACAGCAGCCUCGGUGCAAUGUAUAACGCUAUGCAUGACUACCCAAGAGCAUUUGAGUUUUUCGAAAAAGCAUAUCAUAUAGCUAAAAAAACUCUGCCUUCCAAUCAUCCUGAUUUGGCUAUUUGCUACAAUAACAUCGGUCAAGUGUGUAACGCCAUGGGUCACUAUUUGAAAGCACUGGAAUUUUUUGAAGAAGCACAUGAAAUACUCGUAAAAGCUCUCCCUCCGAAUCAUCCCGAUUUAGGUGGUUCCUACGAAAGCAUAGGAGGAGUGUAUGACACCAUCGGCGAUUAUCCGAAAGCACUUCAGUUUUUCAAAAAAGCACAUGAAGUACUCGAAAAAGCUCUCCCUCCGAAUCAUCCCGAUUUAGGUGGUUCCUACAACAAUAUCGGUGGAAUCUAUGAAGUCAUCGGUGACUAUCCGAAAGCACUUCAAUUUUUCGAAAAAGCACACACAAUACUUGAAAAAGCUUUGCCUCCGAUUCAUAUUGAUUUGCGUGGUUCUUACAACAGUAUUGGUAGAGUAUAUAACGCCAUGGGUGACUAUUCCAAGGCACUUGAAUAUUUCGAAAAAGAUCUGAAAAUUACAAAAAUAACUCUACCUUCGAAUCAUCCCGAUUUGGGUGAUUCUUACAACAACAUCGGUGAAGUAUAUAACGCUAUGCAUGACUACCCGAAAGCACUUAAAUUUUUCGGAAAAGCACGUAAAAAAACUAAAAAAGCUCGGCCUCCGAAUCAUCCUGAUUUGGUUACUCGCUACCAAAAUCUUGGUCAAGUGUGUAACACCAUCGGUGACUACUCGAAAGCACUUCAGUUUUUCGAAAAAGCACACAAGAUACUCGAGAAAGCUCUACCUCAGAAUGAUCUCGAUCUGGGUCAUUCCUGCAACAACAUCGCUGAAAUCUAUAAGGCCAUGCGUGACUAUCCUAAAGCGCUUGAAUUUUACGAAAAAGCACAUCAAAUACUCGAAAAAGCUCUCCCUCCGAAUCAUCUUGAUUUAGGUGAUUCCUACAACAGGAUUGGUGGAGUGUUUAAAGCCAUGGGUGACUAUCCAAAAGCACUUCAGAUUUUUCAAAAAGCAUAUCAAAUAGCUGAAAAAGCUCUGCCUACGAAUCAUCCUGAUCUCAGUGGUUCUUACAACAACAUCGGUAGAGUGUAUAACGCCAUGGGUAACUAUUCUAAAGCACUUGAAUAUUUCGAAAAAGAUCUGGAAAUCACAAGAAAAACUCUACCUUCGAAUCAUCCUGAUUUGGGUGAUUCCUACAAUAGCAUUGGUGUAGUAUAUAACGCCAUGGGUGACUACUCAAAAGCACUUCAGUUUUUCAAACAAGCACGUAAAAUAUCUAAAAAAGCUAUGCCUUCGAGUUAUUCUGAUUUGGCUACUUGCUAUAACAAUAUGGGUCAAGUGUAUAAUGUCAUGGGCGAUUUCUUAAAAGCACUUUGGUUUUUCGAAAAAGCACACAAAACACUGGAAAAAGCUCUACCUCCGAAUCAUCCCGAUUUAAGCGGCUCUUAUAACAGCAUCGGUGCAGUGUAUAACGCCAUGGGUAACUACCCAAAAGCACUUGAGCUUUUUGGACAAGCUUGUAAAAUAGCUGAAAAAGCUCUGCCUCCGAAUCAUCCUGAUUUGGUGAUUUGUUACAACAACAUGGGUCAAGUGUAUGACGACAUGGGUGACUACGCAAAAGCAUCUGAGUUUUUCGAAAAAGCACGUAAAACAACUGAAAAUACUCUGCCUCCGAAUCAUUCAAGGAGAACAAACUGA